AUGGGUUCCAACUGCCAGGAGUCAGGUCCCAAGGUGGACCAUGCUCUGAAGCCGUCCCUCCGGCAGAAGGCCGCAAGCUCAGUGGCAUGCUCGCCUCACCCUGGAUCUGACCCCUUCGGCCUCGCGGACUCCAAGUACGACGAGAAGAUGGAACUACUGGAUCGAGAAGAGGGUGCAGAAGCCAAGUACAAGAAGGCCUUGGAAAUCUCCGGAGGACUGGAAAAGCUGAGGAGCUUUCAAGACCUCAGCAACGAGCUGCAGACGAAGCACGGCCUGCACGAGGAGCAGAAAGGUGUGAUUUCUGCCGGGGAGCGCGCCGCACGCAGCAUCAAGGUAAACUUCCAACCCUUCUGCGCCACGCUGGAUGAGCUCUUCGACUUUGCGCACGAUUACAAGCAACACUUCUUCGACCUGGUUGAAGGGGUUGCGCAGGCCACCAACGGUACCUGCGCAAAGCCCCCACUGAAAGGCAAAGAACGCUGCGAGUCUAAGGCAAGGUUUAAGUACAUGGACAGCGCCGGAAACAUCGAGUGGCACAGACUUACUGACAUCGUUCGAGACACGCUUAGCUACGAGAACUUGGAAGAUAUGUACGCCGGACUAAAGCUCAUCGACGAGGACGAAAGUGUCGAAAUCGUGGAGUUCAAUGACCGGUAUCAGACUCCAUUGGAUGGUGGAUACUGCGACCUCCAGCUUACACUUCGGGUGCGAGGUGGGUUGGUCUGCGAGCUGCAACUUACCACCAAGUACAUGCUCUUUAUCAAGGAGUCGAGUGGACACAGAGUGUUCGAGAUCAAGAGACAGCUCAUUGCCGAUGUAGCUGCCAACAGCGAGUUGGAGUGUCGGAGAACGCUCCACUGGGCUGGAAAGGACGCUCAGGCUGUUCUGCAAGAGGACAAGAAGCCUUUGCUCCACAAGGCGGCUGCACAGGGCAACGCCGGCAUGGUGCAGCUCUUUCUCCAGCACGGGGCGGAUGUAAACCUCAGGGAGGAGACCACUGAGCGCACGGCCCUACACGAGGCCAUGGGCCAGGGCCACGCCUGUGCUGCAUGGGCCUUGAUCUCUGCCGGUGCUCGACAAGACGUCAAGGAUGCGCACGGGCAGACGCCCCUCUUGCUCGGACUCUUGCGCCAGCGUGUGUACCCCGAGAGCGAGGCCGUGGCAAGGUGCGUCUCCAUGUUGUCGCAGAGGUUGGGCCUGGAGGAGCUGCGGCGCGCCAGGGAGGAGUUCAUUGAGGUGGUGCAGCAGCGGCUGAAGAACAGCUCGGAGCUCGUCAGCGCGGCCUACGACGACAAUGUGCAGAAGGUCGUCGAGCACUUGCGCACCUGGGCGAACCCGAACAGCGCCACGAACGACGGGAAGCACGCGCUCCACCGGGCGCUGGCUCAAGGCCACACGGCCGUGGCCAGGCAGCUCCUGGCCUACAAGGCCGACGUCCGGUUGGAGGAGAACGGCAAGACCGCCUUGGACGUCGCCUUAGAAGUUGGGGUGGAGAAGCCCGGGUCUCUACAGCUCUUGGUCCACCUGCACGAGCAGUACAAGGACUUCAAAGACGGUGCUGGCUUGACGUUCCUGAUGUUGGCGGUGAAGCAUGGUAAUGCGGACCACACCAAGCAGAUUCUGGACAAAGGCAUGGAGAAGGAUGCCAGAUGCAACGAUGGCAGCACGGCUUUGAUGCUCGCGGCCAGGGAGGGUAAGACGGGGUCCCUCAGAGAGCUCCUGGAUGCGGAAGCCGAGAAGGACUGCCAAAACAACGAGGGCCACACUGCACUGAUGCUCGCCAUGCAUGGUGGCCAUGAGGAAUGCUUCAAGCUGCUCCUUGACAGGGGCACGAAGAGGGGCCUGAAGAACAAUGCUGGCAAGACGGUCUUUGAGCAAUCCGCCGAGUACGUGAAAAUCCGGGCAUUUCUGCGUCCGACAGCCCUCAUGGAGGCGGCAAGGGACGGCCGCGCUGCGCUCGUCAAAGAGCUCUUGGAGAAGGGAGCCGAGAAGGAUAUCCAGGACAAGGACGGCUGCACGGCUCUGAUGUUCGCAGCUGGCUCCGGCCAGACGGACUGCGUGAAGGAGCUCUUGGAUAGAGGCGUGGAGAAGGAGGCCAAGGACAACAACGGCUGGACCCCCCUCAUGUGCGCCGCCGCCAAUAACCACACGGAGAUCGUCAGAGAGCUGCUAGGGAAGGGAGCGGAGAAGGAUGCCAGAAGCGAGGAUGGCAGCACGGGGCUGAUGCUCGCAGCCAAAGAGGGCAAGACGGCGUCUCUCAAAGAGCUCCUGGAUGGGGACGCCGACAAGGACUGCCAGAACAAGGAGGGUCACACUGCGCUGAUGCUCGCCAUGCACGGUGGCCAUGAGGAGUGCUUCAAUCUGCUCCUUGACAGGGGCGCGAAGAGAGGCCUGAAGAACAACGCCGGCAAGACGGUCUUUGAGCAAUCCGCCGAGUACGUGAAAAUCAGGGCAUUUCUGGGUCCGACAGCCCUCAUGGAGGCGGCACGGGACGGCCAUGUCGAGCUUGUCAAAGAGCUCUUGGAGAAGGGAGUCGAGAAGGAUGUCACGGACAGAUUCGGCAACACCGCCCUGAUGCAUGCAGCACGGAAUGGUCAAACAGACUGUUUGGCAGUCCUCUUGGCUGCCGAGGCGGACCAGGACACGAAGAACAAGAAUGGCUUCACUGCCUACAUGCAGGCAGCAGCAAAGGGCCAUACCGAGUGCGCAGAGCGCCUGACGAGGGAGGGAGCCAACCAGGAAGAAGUGAAUGAGGAGGGUGCUGGGCUUGGUGACCAGGCGCUGUUCAGAGCAGCAGCAGGUGGCCAGCUCGAGUUGCUCCAAGAGCUGCUGGCCGCGGGGGCGAAGAAGGAUGCCAAUGACGAUUUCGGCAAUACCGCCCUGAUGCAUGCAGCACGGAAUGGUGAAGCAGACUGUUUGACCGUCCUCUUGGUUGCCGAGGUGGACAAGGACACGAAGAACAAGAAUGGCUUCACUGCCUACAUGCAGGCAGCAGCAAACGGCCAUACCGAGUGCGCAGAGCGCCUGACGAGGGAGGGAGCCAACCAGGAAGAAGUGAAUGAGGAGGGUGACCAGGCGCUGCUCAGAGCAGCAGCAGGUGGCCAGCUCGAGUUGCUCCAAGAGCUGCUGGCCGCGGGGGCGAAGAAGGAUGCCAAUGACGAUUUCGGCAAUACCGCCCUGAUGCAUGCAGCACGGAAUGGUGAAGCAGACUGUUUGACCGUCCUCUUGGUUGCCGAGGUGGACAAGGACACGAAGAACAAGAAUGGCUUCACUGCCUACAUGCAGGCAGCAGCAAAGGGCCAUACCGAGUGCGCAGAGCGCCUGACGAGGGAGGGAGCCAACCAGGAAGAAGUGAAUCAGGAGGGUGACCAGGCGCUGCUCAAAGCAGCAGCAGGUGGCCAGCUCGAGUUGCUCCAAGAGCUGCUGGCCGCGGGGGCGAAGAAGGAUGCCAAUGACGAUUUCGGCAAUACCGCCCUGAUGCAUGCAGCACGGAAUGGUGAAGCAGACUGUUUGACCGUCCUCUUGGUUGCCGAGGUGGACAAGGACACGAAGAACAAGAAUGGCUUCACUGCCUACAUGCAGGCAGCAGCAAAGGGCCAUACCGAGUGCGCAGAGCGCCUGACGAGGGAGGGAGCCAACCAGGAAGAAGUGAAUGAGGAGGGUGACCAGGCGCUGCUCAGAGCAGCAGCGGGUGGCCAGCUCGAGUUGCUCCAAGAGAUGCUGGCCGCGGGGGCGAAGAAGGAGGCCCGUGACAGACUCGGCAACACCGCUCUGAUGCUCGCUGCACGACAUGGCCAUGUUGACUUGCUGGGCGCACUGCUGGCCGCAGGCGCAGAAAAGGAUGCAAAGAGCAAGUACGGCUACACAGCUCUCAUGCAUGCCGCUGGCAAUGGCCACGAAAAGUGUAUGAAGCUCUUGCAGGACCCAGGAGUGAGCGAGGUAACACUCAACCGGGAAGGUGACGCGCAACUGCUCCAAGCUGCGCAGGAUGGCAAUGCCGCACUCCUCAUCGAUAUUCUGGCUGCAGGGGGGAACAAGGAAGCCAAGGACGAAUUAUACAGUUGGACAGCCCUCAUUGUAGCGGCAAUGUGGGGCCGCCUCGACGUCGUGAAGGAGCUCCUGGCCAUGGGCGCCGACAAGGAUAGUGCGCGCCACUGCGGAUUCGAGCCAUUUCCCGUGCACAGACGAUUCGUCGCGCUUCUCUGGCGAGAAAACAAUCGGAUGCCCAGGACGACUUCCGCCGCAGCCUCGGGUGGUUUGGCGCACGCGGCAGAGGAAACACAGGUCCCGUUGCAAAGCGGCGAUCUGGAAGCGAAGGCAGCUUGGAAGACUGCCACUUGA